AUGGCAGCAGUCAACACCCUCUUCCCCUACCUCCGCAAGGACCCCUCAGAGUUGCCCGCGGGCGAGGAUCCUUUCACAAUCACUACCCGCAUGGGCUAUCUCCCUUUUGCUCUUCCCCUCAAGAGACUUCCCUCUCAGUUUGAUGCCCUCUACAACAUCCUCAAUGACAUGCCCAUUCUCAAGGAAGAUGGUGCUCCUGGGUUGCUGGCUACCUUUGAGCUUGGCCCUCUCAUCGACAACGGGGCUAUCCCUGAUCUGACUGCCGAGAUUGACAAGCUCGUCAUUCCUGGCACAGACAAGCGGGAUAUGGCUGCCAUUACUGCUGCCUUCCGCGACUACAGCUUUGUCGCUUCAUCAUACCUCCUUGAACCAUGCUGGGAGACAUACUCUGCUGACCGUAACAAUGGUUAUGGUCUUGGCCGAAAGGUACUUCCCAAGUGCAUCGCUGGACCUCUUGUCAAGUGUGCCGAAAUUCUUGAUAUCCCCGCAUUCAUGUCGUAUGCUGCUUCAUACGCCCUGUACAACUACUGGCUGGUCCAUCCUGAACAGGGCCAUGACGAUUACGACAACAUCCGCCUUGUCCGAGCCUUUGAGAAGGGUCUUGACCCCAAGUCCUCCGAGGCAGGCUUCAUUCUCACUCACAUCCACAUGGUUGCUCAGACUGGUGGACUGAUUGAAGGCGCUGUCGACCUCUUGGAAGCUGUCGAGAAGGAGCCCAAGGACGGUAGCAAAGACUCCAAGACCAUCACCGCUGCCAAAGCCAGUCUUGAACUCAUCCUCAGCGCCAUGCAAAUCAUCGAGGCAAAUAUGGAGGGCAUGUGGACUCAGUCUCUCCCCAAAGACUACAUGACCUACCGAACAUUCAUCUACGGCAUCACCAACCAGUCCAUGUUCCCCAAGGGUGUUAUCUACGAGGGUCAGUAUGAUAACAAGCCCCAGUUCUUCCGUGGAGAAUCUGGAGCCAAUGAUGCCAUCAUUCCCUUGCUGGAUCACAUCUGCGAGAUCCCCAUGCCCAAAAACCCUCUUACCGAUAUUCUGGUUGAGUUCCGAGAGUAUCGACCAAAGCCUCACCGGGCAUUCCUCAAGUACGUCCGCGAGACUGCUUCUGAGCUUGGUGUGCGCAGAUUCAUGACUGAAUCUGGAGAUUUGAGUCUGGUCGUUUUGUAUCUUCGCGUUCUCGACCAUGUCCGAAGCUUCCGAUGGAGGCACUGGAUGUUUACUCGCGAGUACAUCAUCAAGCACACUCUUCAUCCCACAGCCACAGGAGGAAGCCCAAUUAUCACUUGGCUUCCAAACCAGCUUGGUGCAGUCAUGGAUCUGAUGGAGGAGGUUGCAAAGGGAUCUGGUCUGUGGGCAGUCUUGGAAGAGGGGGUGUGGAACGGAGGUGGAUCAUUGUCUGAGGAAGACUUUAUCCUUGUUAAGAAGAUUAUGGACAAUGUGGUUACCAAGAAGGCACAGUUGAAGAAGGAGGUGGCCAAGUAUUGCCAGGACCGAGGAGUAGAGUCGACUGCUUAG